CAUCACCCCACCAUAAGCUUCUCUCUCUCUUCAUUGCCUUUGGGUCUCUUCCUCAGUUAUAAAACAGCCCCAUGUACUGUGGAAAGAAUAAAGGAGGAGGAGAGUAAAGCACCUGAAAACAGCACUGACUCCACCACUCAUCAAACACUGUAUAUAAAUUCAGUGAAAUCAGGCGGAAUUCAAGAUACAAAGCAAAAAGUGUGAGAGCAAUUACUCUAGUUCUGUGGAGGCCUUUGAUCCUUCUUCUACAUUCAUCGUAAUGCCAUUACACUGCAUUUUGAAAUCUUGAUUUGGCUGAAGGUUUUGCUGUUUUGGGGUUGUGUCUUGGGCAGAACCGUGUGUUUGGGCAAUACCCAUGUUGUUUGGAUCGGAAAAAGGGUGUUAUCGGAUUUGAUUUCUGCAUAAAGACUAUACUCAGAAGCAGAAUUUGAUAGGAAAUAGUCGUUAAGAUGCACACAAGGGUAAUGUCAUGGGAGGAAGGCAAGGAGUUUGAAACUAUAAGUAGAACAAACCAACCUAAGGUUUUCCAACUUAGACUCCUUCAAUUUUUAUUGCUAUUUUUGCUUGUGGGUCUUGGAGUUAUGAUUUUUAGUAUGAAUAUGAUUCGAUAUUUUGGAGUUGAGAGCGUAGUCCCUGUAGCUCGGUCCCAUUUUCAACCUUGCUUUGAAGAGGCAAAUACUUUAGAAACUUGGAUUAGGCCUCCAUCCAAACUGUUACACAGCAUGAAUGAUAGUGAGCUGUUUUGGCGAGCUUCCUUUGUUCCCGGAAUAAAGAACUACCCAUUUAGGAGAAUUCCAAAGAUCGCCUUCAUGUUCAUGACAAAGGGGCCAUUGCCACUGUCACCUCUAUGGGAGAGAUUCUUCAAGGGCCACAAGGGACUAUAUUCAAUAUAUGUUCAUUCUCUGCCAUCUUAUGAUGCUGAUUUUCCAGCUUCAUCGGUUUUCUACAAGAGACAAAUUCCUAGCCAGGUGGUGGAGUGGGGAAUGAUGAGCAUGUGUGAUGCUGAGAGGAGACUACUAGCUAAUGCAUUGCUUGAUAUUGACAAUGAAUGGUUCAUCCUCUUGUCAGAGUCUUGCAUUCCUCUCCACAACUUCAGCAUUGUUUAUCGCUACCUAUCAAGAUCCCGAUACAGCUUUAUUGGUGCAUUCGACGAAGAUGGCCCUUUUGGGAGGGGACGCUAUAACCCAAACCUAGCACCUCAAGUUAACCUCACCGAAUGGCGUAAAGGAUCCCAAUGGUUUGAAGUUAAUCGGAAACUUGCAAUUGACAUAGUUGGAGACAACACUUUCUACCCAAGAUUUAAGGAGUUUUGCAGACCAUCAUGUUACGUGGAUGAGCACUACUUCCAAACAAUGCUGACCAUCCUGGCUCCACACCUAUUAGCAAACAGGACCACCACUUGGGUGGACUGGUCAAGGGGUGGUGCACACCCUGCCACAUUCGGCCAGGCUGAUAUCACAAAGGAAUUCUUCAAGAAAAUCAUUGAAGGUGGCACCUGCAUUUACAAUAACCAGCCAACUUCACUUUGUUUCCUUUUUGCAAGAAAGUUUGCUCCAAGUGCAUUGGAACCACUCUUAGACUUAGCAUCUGAAGUUUUUGGGUAUUAACAAAUUGAUGAGCAAACCGAUUACAUUUUUUCUCUGAAAAGUGGCUGUUGGAACAUGCGAGUCAUGUCAUGAAGCAAUCUUGUUUCAGGUGAACGCCUCUGAAAUCUUUUUCCCUACCACUUUUAUUCCUUGAUAACAUGUAUUACCAUUAGGUUUAGAUCUUAGACAAGCUCCCAGGGCAUAAUGAUAUUCUAUAUGUUUACAUCUUACACAAGGUUAUGGGGCUUAAUAAUAUUCUCUUUGAUUGUAUUUUGUACUGUAUCUUAUGAAUGAAUAUCUACAUUUAUGUUUGAUGGUUCAUCUUA